CCAACGCCGCUUUCUCUGCGGCGGCUGGAGAGGUACUCCGGGGAAGUGGGUGCCUCCUGCUGGGUUCCUGGCCGACCCACUUCUUUCGGCUCCGAGGCGGGAAGCGCCUUUUCCACAGGAUAUCAAUGCAAGCCUGAAUAAGAAAAAGAAUUUCUCCCUCCUAAGCCAUGGCAUAUCAGUUGUACAGAAACACCACUUUGGGAAACAGUCUUCAGGAGAGCCUCGAUGAGUUUAUACAGUCUCAACAGAUUACCCCCCAACUUGCCCUUCAAGUUCUACUUCAGUUUGAUAAGGCUAUAAAUUCAGCGUUGGCACAGAGGGUCAGGAACAGAGUCAAUUUCAGGGGCUCUCUAAAUACAUACAGAUUCUGCGAUAAUGUGUGGACUUUUGUAUUGAAUGAUGUUGAAUUCAGAGAGGUGACAGAACUUAUUAAAGUGGAUAAAGUGAAAAUUGUAGCCUGUGAUGGUAAAAAUACUGGCUCCAAUACUACAGAAUGAAUAGGAAAAAAAUGGCUUUUUAAUGCCAUCCUGUUAUUGUUCAUCAGUUUUUGAAGAGAAGCAUAGAAGAGAC